CGCUAUACAACUGAGGACCUGAGUACGGUGUUGACUUAUCUAUUGCGGAGACCAUGCUUCGGGCGAUCGCUCGCUCAAACAAGGUGUGUUGAUGAUUGCCCGCAAUAACAUGUAGCAGUCAACCUUCCACCCCUGCGGCCCCCUCCUAGGGCGCGGUGCAUAGCGCCGAGCACAAGGAGUUAUCUGACCGCUGUCUGUAACCUCGCAUGAAAGAAUUCAAAGCGCAUCAUAUUAUCUGCUUGAGAGAUUUCAAAGUACAGCACACAGAUUGUUUAUUGCUUUGUGCACUACCUAACAAACUCCGCGUUUUAAACUUUUGUGUAUAUAACCCCAACCCCAGAUUAAUAGGGCAGAUAAAGAAAAAAAGCCCACGUUUUUAUUUCUGUUUAGAUUAUGUUGACUGUGAAUUUUUAAAACCAAAUGAAAUCUGGUUCAACCAGAUCGUGUUCAUUGUUCGUCGCAGUAUUCUGGUGGAGAGAGGUAUGGUUGGGUGGGGGAUGUGGGGAGCAUAUGUACAACAUUUGAACUCAAACACGGGCUCAUAUAUCGGGAAAAUUGUCAAUGAACCAAAAUAACUAAAACUCCAUUUUAUUUAGGACACAUGAUUUGUGUUUCUUAAUUCCUUUAAAUUCUCUUGUUUUUAAAUCCUAUCAGUCUUUUAUCUUAUAUGCUUCACCUCCUAUCUCCCGCUUUCUGAUCCAGCAAACGACUAAAAUCAGCACGUUUAUCAGCGCGUGUGUCUGUUCCGCGCUAGCUCGCAUUGCGUGGUGAGAGUGUAAAAGGAAACCUAUCUCAGAGCGUUGAAAUUCUUUUUUAAUUUUUUUUUUAAAGCAAUACAAUACAACACCGGAUGAAUGAUUUCAAUUCGCCCGGUACAUUAAACACAAAUCAUUCAUCGCCUAGUUACCUCUUGUUCAAACAGGAACUAUCCCUCCACUGUGAAUCUGUGUAGUCCCCCAUUCACUCCCCUUGCCGGUAUCGCGUGUCAUAGAGUGGCCCCCCCUUUUCGCUUUCGGCGUUUGCAGACGACAGUUCGAGUCGGGCUUGGAAGUGUAGUGGAACAAUGAGAGCGUAAGCUAUUUGGCUGGAGGAGACGACGAAAGCCCCAAAGGAAGGUCUCCACAGAUCGAUUCGGGGUAGGUGGCCACCCCAAAAAAGGCAGCUUGAUCAACAUGGCGGCCACGGACACCGAGAGUAUGCAUGAUAAUAUGACCAGGCUUCGCAUGAAGAUGGUACAACAGAAACUUGCGCAAGAACGCGAAAAGCUACAAAGAUCUGACUCAGCCUCAAGUAACGAAUAUGACAGUCAAGUGAAGCUGCAGCAGGCUAUGCUACGUCGCCAAGAACUUCUCGACAAAAUUCGACAAGAACAGUUACUGAACGACGAAGAAAGGCGCCCCAGGACGUACACCCCACGCCGCCGUUACACCCCCUCCCCCCUCCCCCCGCCCUCCCGCCGCUCCCUGCCGGAUCUGAACCGUAACUACCAUUUCAACUGGUACACCAAGCGCCCGAGAGUUUCAGACAUGGCUGUGUCCAAACAUGUCAUUGAGCACCAGUUUCGCCCAAUGGAGUCCAAAACCUACACCGUGUUGCCUCCCAUCUCCACCAACGCACAGGUGGUGCCUCAGGUCACUUUACAGACGCCGCCAGUCAUCCAGCAGGUACCUGUUGUUCCCUAUGAUGGCGGGCAGCAAAACAAGAACACAUUCUUCAACAAAUCAGGUAUUUCUAAAGCAGACUUCAUGGACAUGAUGAUGCUACAGAACGCGCAGAUGCAUCACAUGGUCAUGCAGCAGAUGAUGCUGCAGAACCUGCCCGGCGGUGGAUAUCGAAUGCCCACGGCCACGGUUCCCCUAGCUCCCGUCGUCGAACCUGCCGUGAGGGCGGCACCUAUGUUGACCUACGGUGCACCAGCUGCCCCAGUCAUCCAUCACUACCAGUCGGUCCCUCCUAUGGAUGUCCGUGGCGGUGGGUUUGGUGGGGGUAGAGGAGCUAAUAUGAUAGUGCGGAAAGGUGUCCAGAACAGGCCUCCCAACAACGGACCAAUCAUCGUCCGCACUGACGCGGUGAGAAACAGCAGAAAGUAUUCUUCUUUCCCUGGUUCCAAAGCACUGUGUCGCUUCCGCCACGUAGCGUGGGCUGCUUGGGCUAUAGCUAUUCUCAGAGCGCUUGCUAAAAAGAACAAAGGCAAUCGCCCAAGUAGCGUCUUUUUGUUUGGAAUCAUCCUUAAAGAAAUCGUGGCGGCCCUUCACAGGGUGUAUCUUAAUCCUAGUGGAAACAUCUACCCGGUGAUGGGUGAUAUCAUUGGCAGUGGAGCUCAAGAUCUGUCCCAGCUGGUGGGCGAAAGAGGUCGCGUGGCAGAGGAUGAGAGCGUGCGUCUGUUCCAGAUUCUGCAGUACGUGAUGGAGAACCUCAUCUACCACAUCACUGAAAUCAUGCCCAAAACAGGCGUUCUGGGUACCCACAAGAAGGCUGCAGUCUUUGAGCUCAUCAAGAACGGCAAAAGGUUUCCUGAUGGCUACUUUUGGCAGAUUGAACUGGAUCGCCUACAAUUUAAUAACAACGGCAGAACCAUGAAUGUAGGCGACAAGGAGGCAUUCCUUCUUCUCGUGGGCAUGUUUUUGUCACGAAGCCUUAUCACCACUCUGUUGAUGAAGCCUGUAGACUACGGCCUGUCCACGGAGCAGCUAACUGAGGUCGCUGAGAGGAACUUGAAGGUGCUGUCCACUGUCAUGCUCUUCCUGGUCCGGAGGGUGUCCACACCACCUGAUGCCCCCAUGAUGCCCAUGCCCGGCGAGGUGGCCCGCUAUGUGUUCUCCGAUGAGGAGAUGAGAAACGUUCAUUUACGACUGCGUCGCUCCUACGAAUAUUGCGAGAACCUCCUGCGAGAGUGGGGUGCUGAAUACAUCAGACGACUGCGAGAUGCAGCUGUAAACAGCACCAAAAAGUAAUUUUCGAAAAUGCUAAAUAGCAAAAAAAAAAAAAAAAAAUCCAGCUAUCAAAGAUGUGGCAAAGGGAGACAUUGCCAGAACUUCUGUUGUUGUGCUGGAUGCUCAGUGGAUCAAGACCUUCACUAUUGAAGCAUUGGAAAUGUUAGCCGAUAUAAUUUGGCUCAAGUAACUUAACAUGCUUCUUUUUAUAAUGACAAUCAUGCAGUUGUUCUGGAAGCAUCUGGAUUGGCUGUUUCAAAAACUUCUAAGGGAAUAAACUUUUUCUUGCAUGAUGUGGGCAAUCUGUGUCAGUCACAGAGUUUUAGAGAUCUGCACAUAGACCUCUGCACCAUCUCCAAGCUAGUUUGUGAGUCACUCACAUCUUGAAGAAAGUUUAUGCUGACCUUUCACAUUUCAAAACUGAAGACAGGAGCAGGUCAGAAAAUGUGUUUCAAUAUAGCAAAGUACCAGCUGAUAUUUCACCCUGCCAAAUCAUGUGGCACCUUGAAACUGCUGCUUGCACAAAGGAAAGAUUAUGGCCCACACCUGACACCAAACAAUUGCAAAAGGAAAUGCUUUUCACAUUAUGGUAUUUGAGCAAUGCAAAUGGUGUGGCAUUUUCCUUUCAAAAACAAUGAAAAUGUCUGUGAUAAUUUAUCUUUACCAUUUUAUUUUUCUUGGUUUAAGUGUGGAGAGAAGAGUUUGGUGUUGUCUGUAAACAACAGCUCCACUAUUGAGCAAACUGAAAUUUGAUGCUUGUGGCAUGAACUUAAAGGGUCACUGACAGAGACAUUUUCUUGCAAAACCGUCUUUUGCAAGGUCUUAACCAAGAAAUACAUAUAUUGGUCAUUGUCAAUAAACUUUUCGUCAUUUACCUGCUUUUGGAAGAUGACUGAUCAUCACUAGAAGUGUGCUUUAUGCAAUAAAGUUGAAUCAGUAGGUUUCUUUGUGGAAGGAGCCAGAAUAUCUCAUAUUAAGAAGAGAAUCGUGAGGGACUUCCUUAAUGAAUAUUCUUUAUGUGA